AUGUCACGUAUGAUGGUACGGACAGGUCUGACUCGAUCUGACAAGUUAUCGGAUACUCAUUGCAGAUAUCGACCGUCUGGAACGCAGAGGAGUCCGAGACCGAAUGUUCCGACAGUAGCUGAAGAACGCAACGCUGGAGUAAAUGCCGCCCUACCAAAUGGUACAGCUCCAGCCCCUGUUGCCACUGCUGUACCAGUUGCAUCUUCACAGGCCACCGCUCCACCUUCAGACACUCCACUAGCCCUCAUUUCACGUACUACACUAACAGCGCCACCUGGUAAUGUGGCUAGUACUCAACUGACAGCACCUUCCGUACAACCGCAAUUUGACGGAAGGCCACCUGGCGACGGCAAUGUCUCGGCAACAACACAAGAGGCUGUUGAGGAUCCUGUUUUAAAUCCAGAGGCGAAUGUGCCUGUCCCAGCGCCAAUGCAAGAUCGUGGGCCUGACGAAGAGGACUUCGCGGGUUGUGGACAUGAACUGCUUAUGGAGAACAUUGUGCUCUAUCGUUCUGUGGAUAUGAACGAUAUUUAUGUUGAUAAUAGAACAGAGUUCUUUCUCACCAACGCCCAAUACACAUCUGCGUUCUACAAGCUAUCAGCUGAUAACAAAAAGUGUAAAACACUGAUCUAUAUUUUGGAAGAAAUCACUGAAAAGAAAAUGAAACCUAUAGAAGAAAUCCCACCAGAUACGGUAACACCAGUUAAUCAACAACAAGCACCUGAAGAGGUCCCCCUCGUAGCCACACAACCGACUUCACCACAAGGCGCUCAAGUUGCACCUACACCUAGCACCGGAACAACUGCGAAUCCAACCGAUCGGCGAGAAGUUGUGCCGGGGAACUUCGGCACGCAAGCCGAGCAUGGCACAGGACAUGGAGGACAUCAUGAACAUCCUGCUGAGGAGAAUAUCAAUAUGAUGUAA